AUGUCGCUGCGUUCGAGCGCGGUGGAUGGAGGACGCGCGCGGGCGUUGGCGUCGCGGUCGAGGGAUGGGUCGACGGUGCGUCCUCGGCGAAUGAACCCUCGCGCGCGCGCGAGCGCGGACGACGGCGCGCGCGCGCGCGUCGAGAGCUCGGGCGUUGGGGUGAGCCGACGAGGGAACCUGUUGGCGCUCGGAACCGCGCUCGGAUCGCUGGUGAGCGAGGGACCGGCGCGAGCGAUGGCGAAUUACGCGCGGACGCUGCAAGACGCGUACGGCGCGGCGACGUCCAAGGCGAUCGCCCCGGAGCGGUGGUAUCCGUAUUGGUGGGCCCUGCCGCUCGCGCCGUACGGAAGUAAGGCGACGGCGCGAGCGGAGGCGGUGAGCGGGGAGGUGUGGACGUUUGAUCAGCUCCAAGGGUUGUUGGACGUGUUGGUGAACGUGCGGAUGACGGUGGCGCGGUUGGAGGACGGCGGAUUAUGGGUGCAUAACCCGAUCGCGCCCACGCCGGAGUUGGUGAAGAUGAUGCGAGAGUUGGAGCGCGCGCACGGACCGGUGAAGCACAUCGUCGUCGGGAGCGCCGCGAUCGAGCAUAAGAUUUACAGCGGUCCGUUUAGCAAGUUUUUUCCGAGCGCCGACGUGUGGUUGCCGCCAAAGAAUUGGACCUUUCCGGUGGACGUGCCGUUGGAGACGUACGUGCCGUUCUACCCGAACGGGUCGCCAAAGACGCUGCCGAUGGAAAGCCUGGGGGGCGAACGGAACGUGCCUUGGGCGGAUGAGAUUGAGCACGCCGUGCUGCACGUCGGAGGGUCGUCGCUUCGCAACUUUAAGGAUCCGUGGUUCGUCGAUACGGCGUUUUACCUCAAGCGAACGAAGACUGUGGUGCUCACGGAUGUGAUGGAAAAAGUUAGCAUGCAAGCGCCGCCGGUGUGCCAGAUCAACCCGCAGCCGCUACUUGUUCGAUCGAUGGAUAAGCCGGGCGACGCGCCGCCAAACUCGGCGCAGGCGCGAAGCGACGGGUGGGGGAAAACGGUCCUCUUCGGUUUGCUCUUCAAUCCCAACGCCGUCAAAUUUGAGUUCAGUGGCGACAUUGCCAACGAUUUAUUGGAUGGGUUCACGUGGGAUCCGAGCUGGAGAGAUGAUUUUGAGGCGCUCGUCGCGAGGCCGAUGUUUGUUCCGCCCAUCCUCGCGGUGUUGGCCUUCCCACGAAGACGUGACACCGUUAAGCGAUGGUCGAACGUCGUCGCCUCGUGGGAUUUCGAGUCCAUCAUCCCGAGUCAUUUAGACGGCCCAUUCUCCGCCACUCCAGAGCAAUUCACCGAGGCGAUAGAUUUCGCGCUCACCGCCACGCCGUACGAGCAAUUCGGCGCAAACGCCAAGAGCCUCGUCGACGUGGACGACCUCAGCGUUCAACUGAAAUCGCUCGAAACCCCCGAGCCACUCUCUAUGGAGCUCCGCACCGCGAUCAAACCGAUCGAGAUCUCCGAGACCGAUUCAAUCUCAGACGAACUCGAGCGCGUGUAA